AUGGUUAUUUCCAGGAGGGACCUGGACUAUAUUACCCAGAACCCUCUAAGACCGAUUCUCAGAUCUUUUUUGACUACAGUUAAGGAGCAAGAUGACAAAGACCCGCGUAGUUACAGACAAAAACAAUAUAACAAUAGUUACAAAUACAUAGGGAUCAAUAAACUACUUGUCGAUUUAACCAACUAUGCCAUCGAAAAAGAUAUCAGAUUAGACUAUGACCAACCCCUUGACGGACAACUUAUUUCUUUAUACUCCGGUUUUCGAUGCCAAAAAGUUUCUAUCUCUUUUUUUGAUCCAUUAGUUGAAGCUAUUUACAAGGGCUGCAGUGAUGUUGAUAUCUGGAGAAUUAUCUUUCAGCUUAUCAGUGAAGUUUCUUGGUCAAAAGAGUUACCAUCAAAAAUAAUUAUGCACUCUUUUAAUGGUUCACCCUUCAUACCACUAUCCGCAUAUUCGGUACUGAUUCUGGAAAGUGGCGAAAAGAAGGACAGUAGAUAUGAAGAUUGGAUGGGCGAAGGUAAUAAAUGGAAACUCUUGAAAAGGAGGAUGAAAAAGGAAUUGAGCGAGACGACAUUUGAAAAUGUUGGUGGCUUUUGGAAAAAGUACUUUGAAGAUAGGGAAUGGGUGGAACGAUCCACACUUGUCUUCAAUGCUCUUAAUCAGACUCAUUCCGGAUACACGUUACCCCAAUAUCCAGAAAUGUGCACCGAAACUACUUUCUGGGUGUGGUUAGAAGCACUUCAAACCCACUUUUUAGACCAGCUUCCUGACUCUCCAGUCAAACUUGUAACUGGGACUCCAAGAAACCCAGAGCCAGCGCUGCCAAAUAUCUCGCGGUGUAAAUAUAAUCGAUUGAAGAAGACAUCCAAGGAACUAUCGGAUGAAAAUCUAUGGCAACUGGACAUUUUCUCCAAGUUUCGCCACGUGCCCGAUGAUCGGCUCCACCACUGGAAAGACGUGCUGGUAGUGGGCGUGGUGACUAGCUUAGACAUAACCAAAGUCUGGAACAGGAUGUACCUGCGACUCGCUGUCUAUAUGCGAGAAAUACUAUUGACACAGCAUUUGCGCCAGUUUGUCCAUGGAUUUAUUCUAUGUGGAACACAAAUGCAACUGUGGGUGUUUGAUCAUUCCGGUAGCUUUAGCUCUGAUACUUUCAAUAUAACGAAGGAGCCUGAACGUUUCAUUCGUGUGAUUUCAGGCUACACAUAUAUGAAUGAUUCAGACCUUGGCCUUGAUCAAGGUCUGAUACGUAGGGGUGAACGAACAUUUGUCGCGUUUAAAGAUGCGUACACUGGAGAGGAUAAAGAGUUAGAAGUUGAUCCUACGCCAAUUAAAAUGCGGCUACCCAAUGAUAUGCACGGUAACGUUUGCUACAAUGCAAUCGACGGGUCAUGCAUGGUGAAGUUUGCGUGGAGAACUGUGACUGAUGGGCCAUCCGAGAUCGAUAAGUUUCGAGCCCUUCAGAAUGUAGAGGGUAUUCCAAAGUUACUUGGGGCCGAUAAAGGUCCUACGUCAUAUCAGCUCCGUAGUGGUCUAGAAUUUCAGGAGGAUAUGAUGAAGAGUAUUAGAGAGGAGAGAAGGCAAUCAGGCUCACGUCGCGAUCGGGACGAAGAUUCCGAUUAA